UUUAGAGGAAACAAAGAACUGCAACCCAUAGUCAGUGAAAAAAAUUAUGAUUAUUAUUUUCAGGAAUACCAUUACUUACAAAAAGAAGUCACUGUUCUUGCUACUGAUCAUCUUGUUGCUGAAUGUACUUAUAACUCAAUAGGAAGAAACAUAACAACAUUUGGAGGAUUAGGAACUAAAGAUGAGAUGUGUCUGGCAUUCAUUCUCUAUUAUCCAAAGAUAGCCAGAUCUUUUGCAAUAAGUGCACCAUCAUGUAAUCUAGUUGUUGGAUUAGCUGGUGUUGAGAAAAAUUGGCCGGAAUCAGAGAUUUUAGAAUCUCCCUUAACAAAAGAAAAUCAAACUUUUCUUCACUAUCUAGCAACAUAUCCUUGGAGAGUAAAUUACAUUGAUAUAAUGGAAGAGACGAUAAGAUACAGUCCUCAUCUUUCAACAUGUAUAUUUGGAAACAGCACAAGAAUAAUUAUGAACAGUCACGUUACAUAUCCAGUAAAUUUUACAUCUUAUCAGGAAGCUGACUGCUCAAAUGCCAUGGAAAAGUGCAAUUAUUUUUGCAAAUUUUACAUAAUUUAUUUUUUAGUUAUAUAUUUCUGUUACACAUAAAUUUCUUUAUACAGGAUGUGCAGUUUAAUAUUCUAAAAUUUGAUUCAAUUAAAAAAUCUUCCAAUUAGAAGCAUAUGUUUCCAAAACAAAUUGAUAAAAUGUUCAGGAAAAUUUCAAGACUAAUGCAAAUUACAUUUAUGAACAAAGCAAAUACAUUACAUAAUUUAGAUAAGAUAUAGUACAAUAACUAUAGAAUCUAUUUAAAAAUCAUUAACUGAAACGAUCAUUCAUAAACUGUAAAAUUUGUUUUCUGAAAUUAUUAAUUAUUGAAAAAGGAACAUAAUGGAUUCCAUUUAACUCAUUAUUUUAGAUUUGUAUUAGCUCAAACUGAAAAAAAUUAUUUUGUUUAUUUUUAAUUUGUAAGGUUUGAUGUUUAAAUAUUCAUUACAGUAUAAUUCAGCAAUAAGAAAGUGCAUUUGAAAGGUUUAAAAUGUAUAUUCUUAUUGCUUCAUUAAUUACAACUGAUUUAAUAACAAUAUCAUUUAUACAUUAGAAUGAAUGUAUAAUAAGAAUUAUCCAGUUUGUAUUGAUAUAAAACACUUGUUUGGAAAAAAUCUCCAAUGAUUAUUGGAUUCCUAGUGUAAUCAGAUUAAUUUAUUGUAUACUGGAUUAACGUUGAAGAGAGACAUUUAAAAAAUGUUUCAUGAAUUCAAAUAUUAAACUGAAUUUACAAAAUACUUUUGAAAUGAGUUUUUCAUUCUUGAAACUUGAGAAAAAUUUAAUUACAGUCGACCCCCCUAUAACGGAAAUUCCUAUAACGUAGCGAAAAAAUUGUAGCAACAUUCGUAUAAAGGAGCUCCUAAAAUGUUGUCACCGACUCGUUUUGCAACAAGAUUGAUAGAAUCUGGACCAAUAGUGGAUGAGCAGCCGAACUACUUUUCUCCGCCCUGCGCCACGCUACGGAGCUGCUAAAUUGAGUUUGCUAUCAUCUGUACAGUAUUAUAUAUAAAUUAUAUAUAAAUAAGGUACUGUACAUAUAAUUAUAUAUAAAUUAGGUACUGUAUAUAUAAUUAUAUCAGGUCAGGCCAUAAGUUCGUGCGCAUUUUUAUCUACAAAAAAAGCAACAAAAAAUUUUAAUUAAAUCUUAUUUCAAUCUAUAAUGUAUUCACCAUUAUUUUGUACAAUUUCU